AUGUCUUCACUGGAUAUCUGCCUCUUGCAGAGUACGGUUUGGACAACCAGAAAUGAAAACAGAGACGCUUCACCAAGUGACAAUGAGGCUCGAAUGGUUACUCAGGGUAGAGCCAGCUUCUCGAGCGACGACGCACAACCUUUUCUGAAUCACAAUCAGCGACAGCAGGAAUCCUGGACACCUCCGAAAAGAUUUCUCUGGAUUCAGGGAGCUAUCAUGUCGAAUGUUUUUCUCUACGGUUUCGACGGCACUAUCACUGCGGCGACCUAUGCUGUGAUAUCUUCAGAGUUUGAUGCCACCAACACCGCUUCAUGGUUGACUACCUCAUAUCUUGUUACAAGCACCGCCUUUCAACCGCUCUACGGUCGCGUAUCAGACAUCUUUGGACGGCGCAUCUGCUUCUUCAUCUCCACCAUGACCUUUGCACUGGGGUGUCUAGGGUGUGGUAUAGCAACUAAUGUUGUCUUCCUAAACUGCAUGCGCGCUCUUACUGGCUUUGGGGGUGGUGGUCUUAUGACAAUGGCUACGAUAGUCAACUCUGAUAUGAUACCGUUCAACAAGCGAGGGAUGUACCAGGCCCUUCAGAAUGGCAUGUUUGGAUUUGGUGCCAUCUGCGGGGCCUCAUUUGGAGGUCUCAUCGCCAACUCAAUCGGGUGGCGGUGGUGCUUUCUCCUCCAGGUACCGAUUUCUGCCAUGGCAUUGCUGCUCGGGUAUCUUGUAGUCAAGAACCCAAUCGACACAAUACACCAUGGCUCGACCGUUCAGAAAUUGUGUCAGCAGGUUGACUUCGCAGGGGCUCUGCUUCUGGUCACGGCUAUUUCGAUCCAACUUGUCGGUCUAAGUCUCGGAGGCAACCAGUUGCCGUGGAGUAGCCCAUGGGUGAUCAGCUCACUCGUAGGAAGUGUCUUGUUGCUUGGGUUGUUCCUCUGGAUAGAGGCAACGACUUCAGCCAGACCAAUGAUUCCCCUCCGGCUACUGAGAGGGAGACUGCCGGUUGCAACACAGACAGCGAAUGUCUGCGUAGGGCUGUCGGCGUACGCGUAUCUGUUCAUGCUCCCGCUAUUCUUCCAGGUUGUGCUACUAGAUUCAGCUACAAAAGCCGGUGCUCGCCUCGCAAUACCCUCACUAGCGACGCCCAUCGGCGGGCUCAUCGCCGGCAUCGUCAUGUCACGAUACGGAAAGCUCACAAUGCUUGUCCGCAUGGGGGCCAGCUUAAUGGUCAUCGGUAACGGUCUCGUGACUUCUCUGGGGUUCACCGACUCGGCUUGGAAGUAUUUUGUGUUCAUCUUCCCCGCCAAUCUGGGUCAGGGAAUCGUAUACCCAGGGAUUCUCUUCACAUCUCUGGCAACGUUUGAACAUGCCGAUCACGCCGUUUGUGCAUCGACAGUCUAUCUCAUCAGGUCACUCGGCACCGUCUGGGGAGUGUCAAUCACAUCGGCUAUUGUGCAGACAACACUCAGUGUUCAGCUACCGAAAGCUCUAAGCGAUGUCCCAGAUAAUAUGAAGGUAGUGGAGUCCAUCCGCCACUCAGUCGAAGCACUACGCCAUCUACCGCCAGACGUCCAACUCAAAGCCCGACUCGUGUACUACGAGGGGCUGCGGUAUUCGUUUGCCGCCUCCACAUGCUUUGCCCUCAUCGCUGUCUGCGCGGCGUUUUGCGCGAACGCCCGUGGCCUGCGAAAGACGAGCAGUUGA